AUGUUGCAGCUUUCCAUUGAUUUCUGUGGACAAAAGUUGCUUUAUCUGUUUGGGAUUAUGCUGCUUUCACUGGGCACGGCGAUUUUUCCUGUGAGGUUGCAGGUGGGCACUGGACAAGUGCCGCCAAGCAGAUGUCGCAUGUCUGAUACAGCUCCGUCUGUACACGAUUCGCCGCCAGCCAGCGCUUCUCGCAGAACGGAAGUUAGCAGUCCGGCCGCAGUGCAGAGCACACUAAUUGAUUUGGAAGUUGGCGAAGGUGCUUAUACAAACCCUAUUGUUGGUGAGCCUAUUUUGUGA